CCCGUCCGUCAGCGCUUCAUCCUGAUACACUGAUGGGACGCUGACGGUGGUGGGCGGGCGCAGCUAAGAAAAUUAUAAGGUCAUUUGAAUUACGCUCGCUAGCGAGGUUAUCGGCUACAAUGAACCCAGGAAUGAUAUCAGGGAUCGUGACAAUGAACGGAUGAUGAUCGCGGGGUCAAAGUCGACGCGCACAGCCAGGCGAAUUUGACUCCCGACCCACGAGGGGGGAGAGGAGCGGCGGCGGCGGCUCAUUGUGGUAUUAACAACAGGAGGGGAUCCCGGUGCGUGUGUGUGUGUGUGUCUCUGUGAGUUUUCUCUGAGCCUCUGUCAAGCCAAGCGAGCGGCGGUGAGGAUCAGAAGGGGGGGGUGACCAGGCUAGCCUAUAAGCCGAUCAAGGUGGAACCGCUACACAACGAGUUUCACGUCCGGGAUUUCUUCGCACCUACAUGCUGUGACGGUGUGAGCGGAGUGCGAGGAUGAUGCGUCUAGCGUGUUGCACAGCCCUGCUGUUCGUGUUGAGGCUGCUGGUGGGCUUGCCUUGGUACCAGGUUCUCCCGGCCAUCCUGAUCUUCUACCUGGGCAGCGGAGGAUGGAGGUUCCUGCAGAUUUGUGCCAAAACAGUUGGCAGAGACUUACAUGCAGCAGGUGUGUUAUUGCGGGUGAAGAUGAAUGUCAGACGCCACCUCAGAGAGAAGAACACAAUUCCCAAGAUCUUUGCUGAAACAGUGCAGCGCCACAGGGACAAAACGGCACUCAUCUUCGAGGGGACGGGGGAGAGGUGGACCUUCCGACAGUUAGACGAGUACUCCAAUAGAGUGGCCAACCUGCUGCUGGAACGGGGUUUAAAGGAGGGCGAUGUGGUGGCCAUUUUCAUGGAAAACAGGUCCCAGUACGUGGGCCUCUGGCUGGGCAUGGCCAAGAUCGGUGUAGAGGCAGCUCUCAUCAACUUCAAUUUGAGACUGGAGGCCUUGGUCCACUGUGUCACCAUCUCCAAUGCCAAGGCCGUGGUAUUUGGCUCAGAGUUGACUGAUGCUGUUUCCGAGGUCCACAGUUCAAUGGGGAAGGCAGUGCAGAUGUUCUGCUCUGGAGACUGGGACCCCAAACGAGUCCCACAGGGAACCGAGUGCCUAGAACCCCUGCUGGCUGGUGCCCCGUCUCACUUACCCAGCCAGCCGCAACGCUGCUUCACAGAUCGCCUGUUCUACAUCUACACGUCAGGAACAACUGGGAUGCCUAAAGCUGCUAUUGUUGUGCACAGCAGGUACUACCGAAUGGCAGCUUUGGUAUAUUACGGCUUUAGGAUGACAUCAGAUGAUGUGCUGUAUGACUGCCUUCCACUCUACCACUCUGCAGGAAACAUUGUGGGAGUGGGGCAGUGUAUAAUACAUGGCAUGACUGUAGUCAUCAGAAAGAAGUUCUCCGCCUCGCGUUUCUGGGACGACUGUGUCAAAUACAACUGCACUAUUGUGCAGUACAUAGGUGAGAUCUGCCGAUACCUGCUGAACCAACCAAUUCGGGACAUGGAGCGGCAACAUCGGGUGCGCAUGGCACUUGGCAACGGCCUUCGCCAGUCCAUAUGGGAGGAGUUCAUGAACCGCUUCAAUAUCCCGCAGAUUGCAGAGUUCUAUGGAGCUACAGAGUGCAACUGCAGCCUGGGCAACUUCAAUAACACGGUUGGAGCGUGUGGCUUCAACAGUCAGAUUCUACCCUUCAUCUACCCCAUCAGACUGGUGAGGGUUGAUGAAGAGACCAUGGAGCUCAUCAGGGGACCUGAUGGCAUCUGCAUUCCCUGUAAACCUGGUGAGCCUGGCCAGCUAGUAGGCAGGAUCAUUCAGAACGACCCUCUUCGGAGGUUUGAUGGCUAUGUCAACCAGUCAGCAACCAGCAAGAAGAUAGCUCAUAAUGUCUUCAAGAAGGGAGACAGCGCCUAUCUUUCUGGUGAUGUGUUGAUCAUGGAUGAGUACGGCCACAUGUACUUCAAGGACCGGACAGGAGACACUUUCCGCUGGAAAGGAGAGAACGUCUCUACGACCGAGGUGGAGGGAACGCUCAGCAGGCUGCUAGACAUGAAAGAUGUAGUUGUGUAUGGAGUGGAAGUACCAGGAGCAGAGGGAAAGGCUGGAAUGGCAGCCAUCGCUGAUCCAUCUCACUCCACUGACCUGGAGACGUUUGUGAAGGACAUGGAGAAGGCUCUCCCUCCAUACGCCAGACCUGUAUUCCUUCGCUUCCUUCCAGAGGUCAACAAGACAGGAACAUUUAAGUUUCAGAAGACAGAGUUGCGUAGGGAUGGCUUUGACCCCAGUGCAGUGUCGGACAGACUCUACUUCCUAGAUUCCAGCAGAGGGCGCUUUGUGCAGCUGGACGAGGAGCUUUACCACUCCAUACUGUCAGGAAAACACAAAUUGUGAUGACUAGGCUGACCACUACAUUUACAUAUGUACACACAGACACACACACACACACACACAUAUACAGAUACCCAACAGAAGACAAUAUUUCAUGAGCAGGAUAGCAGAAUGCUGAACCUUGUCCCCAUAUACACACACAAAAAUACAUAAUACAAUAAUAGCCAUACACAUUCCGUGCACCCAGAGUCAAAUGCUAACACAUUUACACAUACACACGUAAAUGUUUUAUUCCCAAACCCACUCUGCUCUUUGAUCCCUGAAAACAGACUUAUGAAUGACUGACACACACACACACACACACACACAAACAGGACCACUCCAUCCAUCCCUCCUGAAAUCUCGGCAACUCCUCUCGCUACCUCAGCAAACACAGAGAGAGGCACAAACCCAGUAAUCAGGUCUAUUUGGUAACUUGAAACCACUCUUCAUAGCCGCACAAUCCCAGUGCACACAGCCCUCAAACAAACCCCUGCCAGUUCAUCAUGGUCUAUCAAACCAGAUGUUAUAAUGGUGGACACCACUUGGGGGGGGGGGGAGUACAGGCUGCCUAGCACCCAGAAUGCAAAAACUUGAAACUCCAGAUAACCACAAACUUGAUGGAUGAUAAAGAAGAACAUGGACCCAGUACAUACAAUGUGUGGCACGGCACGAAGGGACCUAUGAGGACCUAAACUGUCUCUCUGAUCGUUAGCAAGAUUGUUUUGUGAAAGACUGGAGCCUCUAUCGUUGACUUCACCUGCACAAUUAGCCAGCAGUGACAAACCUCUGUGACAACUACACCUUUCCUGUAUCUGAAGUUAACUUUAUCUAAGUCUUUCCUUGAACUCUCUGGUCUCCUUUUCUUCAUUUCCACCCUUACUCUACAGAGCUUGUGAUGAAAAUGAUGAAAGGACAUCAAGGGGGUUUUUUUUGAGGGGGGGGGGGGGUUAAAGGGAGCAUAUAAAGAUGGGAAGGAUUUUGGAGAGCCUUUGACGUGUAACCAAUGGUUACAGGAGUUAAAUUAGACCAGUGGUUGAAGCUGAAAGUUUUACUGAAGUGCAAUAGGGCCCCCGCGUUGGCAGUGCAAUAAUCAGCCGCACCACAUGAAAGCUGAUAUAAAACAAAGCUUUGUAUUUAAAUAUGUCUGCAUUACACCAAAAAUAUUUAAGUUGUAGUUUUUGUUUACAUAAAUAAGAGAAUAUGAGAGUUUUAGUGAUUUAUGUUGUUCUAAAAGCUUUCUCUUUUGUUGUAGUGCAAAUGUAUCAGGUUUUUUCUGCUAUAUCUGUCUACAAAUCCGUGCUUCAGUAGCUCUUGGAGUCCUCAUAAAUUAAGCUCCAGUAUGCAUUUUAUAUCAGCUGCUAGAACAAAAAGUAAAGUGAUCUGACUGAUUCAACCCUGGGCUAAAUAAAUGGGGCUAUUUCCAUACACAGCACUGUUCACUUGUGGCACAGCACUGUGGCUGUAUUGUGCAGGUUUUGUCAUGAACGGUAGACUUUGCCUAUCGUAGGGUUGCGUGUAUAUUCCUCUGAAACCUAUAAAGAGGACUUGACUGAAGAGAGAAAAGCACCGAAUCCCCUCGUCAGCGAGGACUUGCUUUUUCAACAAUGUGCUGAUGCUACAGAGGGAUGUCCUGCCACAGUCAGGAGAGCCGAACGAUCCAAAGAUUCAAAAUGGAAAUGGAGCGGUAGAAGAGAGAAUGCGUUUUGUCAUCGAUGUCUUGUCUGUUGUUUGCAGUCGUAGGGGUUGUAGCAGCAUGAAUGAGCAUCGUGAACCACAAGCAGAGCACUGUGCCUUACUGUGGGUUCACCUCCCAGAUUCACAGGCCCUGGCCCACACAUAGCAUCUCACAUGGUUCCCUGUGUUGGACUUUUACCUUCACUCUUCUCAUUCAGCUUCUAUCCACCAUAACCUCAUUUGUCUGUGUCCACGUUCCCUGUCAUAGUGGCCUCACAAAGCCGGCCCAAAUCUUGGGAGCUCAGAUUUUACUCGUAAAAUCAUCCCCUAAGAAACAGAGGCAGCCCGGCAGCUGACAUCUUCAUCCUGCCAGGUGCAGGACAAGUUUGCGUUUAUGUCUCAAUGGACAAGAGUCCAAAUGUUGUGAGGCUGCUGUCUGUCAUAGCAUUCCCGAGGACUCUAUCCUCCUUACUUCCUUUCCCUCGGAUCUCUCAGCCCUGACUGUAACCUUAAUUUGUCUUUUAGCUGUCUUUGUUGGGCGUUUGUUUCUUGGGUUUUCUUUAAGAUGUCAUUCACUGUAGUUCCCAUUUGAUCAGCACUUUUACUUAAAGCCUUUAUCAUCUUCAUGCCAACCACCCCGGUCUUUUCCAUUAAACCGUCUCUUCCCUCUUCCCUCUAUCUUCUCUCUUUCUGACCGUGGCCCUCCAUCCCUUCGAGCAGGCACCUCUGUUUGAUCCUGGCUGUCUCUGUCAGGUACUAAGCCUCAUUCUCUGCCAUGUCUGCGUCAUCUUGCAGUGUUCAUGUUGAGUCAGACAAUGGUAAAAACAGCAGUUGAAUACAUUUCAAAUAUUUCCUAAUUGGAGUUCUUUAAAUGUUUGAUUUAGUAUAUUGGAGGGAUUUUUCUUUUGUCAACUUUUGAGAUUGUUCAGGAGGUUUGGUAACAUAAAGCUCCAGCUACACACUCAAAACACUUUUCAAGUAUCUUUUGCCGAUGUGUGUUGUGUAUAGUUUGCCAUUACCCUGUGACUUUUUCUUACCUUUGCAACUGACCAAAUCCUAAGUCACCUACAGUACAGCCAGGCAGGUUGUUGCCAACAUUUGAGGACUGGCUAUAAUUUAGAGGACUUACUAUUCUUAAGUUUUACUGUGGCAAUUCUUACGCUACUUUGUUUUCCGCAGACUGAUUCUCAAUAUGUUUCAAUGGCUUUCCUUAGUUUGUAAUUUGCACUGACUGAGACAGUUGACCAUGACAGCUGCAGUCUGCCAACUAUGUUUGUCAAAGUUUAUCUCACUCAUCAUUCCCCUGUUUUGGGAAAAAGACCAACAAAGCUGUUUGACAGAAAUGGAGAUUCAUCCCUGCUUCCUGUAGUCUUAGUUCAGAGAGUCUGUCUCCCUCUGACACAUGUAUUUUUUUUCUUUAAUGAUGAGUGUGAAAUGUUCUCAUGAAUGUCUGAAAAGCAAAUGAGUGACCAUUGAUGAUGAUUUUGUGAAGUGUGAUUUACGUAUCUAAGGGAACACACUUUGGCUGUUAUGAUGCUUCUGACUGAGGGUUGCACUUGUCAACGCUGACCACCAGGGGGCGCGUGACUAAACAGCCCCGCACCAGAGCACUCUGAAUAAGAUGUUUCCAUUUUUACUUUUUUUUAAAAAAAAAUGAGUUUAAAUUAUUAUUUUUGAAAAACUGUUAAUUAUACUUUGAUCGUUUAACUUUUGUAAUGUGUUUGCGCUUGUUUUUCUUUGCGUGAAAUUAUAGCUUUGUGACAUUGGUAUAAAAAAUGGGAUUCGUGCAUGAAUGAAGGACAAUCAAAUGGCAGGGUUUUGCUUUUGUUUUGUUUUUUGUUUUUUUGUUUUUUCAAUCUUUGGCACAAGAAACAAGUCGGGGAUCUACCUUCCUGGACGUAAAUGUUAACCAGGAGCCUGUUUGCCAUUUCUCAGAUAGGUCAAUGCAUAAAAACAGCCGAAGGCCCGCAGGGAGUGAGGGGUCUGUGGGACAGGGUGAAUCGAGGUUUUCAGUCACCCAUUUGACCAGAGGGGGGCGCUGUACCCCUGCCAUUGCUCUCUCUCAAGCAAGGGAGAGUCAAAGAGAGGCGCACAUACUGCAAGUGCCCAUACCAUGAAUUUAUUAUGCAGUCCUUGGAUUACUCAUGAAAGGACCUAAUGACUAAAAAUUGAAACUACUGUAGAUAGAAAUGUAUUGGUUUAAUCGAAACCUUUUAUGAUAUAUUUCAAAAUGUGGAUUUUUCCCCCUCCAAUUGUACACCAAAUUUAUAACAGAUUUAAAUGUUUCAAUUGGCUUGUGUGUGUAUUAUAAUCAGUUAUAAUCACUUCACUCGUUUUCUCUCGCUUGUCAAACAAGCUACCAUUUCCCAGGUCCUCUGCAUAUUUACUUUAUUGACAUUAUGACUUGACAGAUGAAACCCAUUUCAUGUCUGCCCCUGAGAUGUCUACACUGAAAUAGUAAAUUUAGUCAGUCUUUGGUGAUUGAUGUAUAUAUUGAUGUAUAAGUUUAUUCGGUUGAGCUUCAAAGUGAACAAUUUUGUGAGAAAGCCUCACAGGCAUCGAACUGCCACCAGCCUUCCCAGCUCACACUGAGAUCACUCAAAUUAACCAGAGUCUGAGUGUGAAUCACCUCACAAAAAAUGACUUGUGAUCAAAGAGCAAGUCACUUCUAAGGGCACAGUGAAGUUCACGAUCAUGUGAGGAUCAUCACACACAAGGCAGGCCACAGAUCACAAACCCUGACUGUAGACUUGUGUAUAUACAGUACGUUUGUGUUUGUCUUUCUCAUCUUACUGUCCCUCAUGCCUCUGAUCAAAAUGUCUCACCCUGCUUUUUGCACUUUUUUUUUUUUUUUUUGUCUUUUUCCUCCCUGUCCUGGUCCUCAGGAACAUCAGUGCUAGAGAAGGAAACAAGUUUGUACACAUCUGCCUGUGGGUGUGAAAGAUUUUAAUUUUAUCGUCUCAUUGCACAGGCGGCAGCUCUAAGCUUGUGCAGAGUGUGUAGGGGAGGUCUGUGAGGUGUGCUGUGUGUGUGAGACACACACACUGAUGUCCUCUUGUCCAAUGAAGGCUAGCUGUAUACAUCAUGCAUUUCAAGAAAAUGAGAUAAAAGCAGUGCUGCAAAUGGAAAAUCAUUAUUAAUAAAAACUAUUUAAAUUGUUCA